AUGCAUACUCAACUGUUUUCAUGCCGUUUUCCACGGUGCAACGCGAGCUACCACCGAAAGGAGCAUCGUCGUCGCCACGAGACACAUCAUUCUGGAGGCCAAGCAUUCAAGUGCAGUACUUGUGACCAGAGCUUUGGCCGGAGUGACACGCUGCGGCGACAUAUGCGGUCAAUGCAUGGUGUGGAGAAACCCUCCCGUAAAAAGUCCGCAUGUGCCGACUGUCGAAAUCAGAAAACAAGGUGCCAGGGCGGAUCACCGUGUACUAACUGCAUUCGACGUGGAUUGCAAUGUUCUUUGGCGCAACAGAAGGAAGAUAAUAGAAAGCAGACUAGUAAUCUCAGUGGCUCGAAAGACACACCGUCAAUGCCGCACGGAAGUCUUAAUUACUUAUCUGCGAGUCGGUCCGAAACGGAAAGACACUAUAUUGCGGUUUAUUUCAAGCUAUUUCACCCUUACUGGCCCUUCAUUCACCAGAUUUCCUUCAAAGGAUCAGACGAGUCACCCUUACUUGUCCAGUCCAUGGUUGUUAUCGGUAUCUGGUUGAGUAAUGAGGAUGGUGGACAGUCGCGGGCUGCUGCAUUGCAUAAUGUUCUAAGUUUGGCAAUACGUCAACAAACGAAGCUAUGGGAUGCUUCUGAAUUUGAGAACGCAUGUAUUUCCUGUUCCUGGCCUAUCCCGACAUAUCAGGCUAUUUUACUCCAUAUCAUUUUUGCAAUGCUAUAUAAGAAUUCUGGAGUACUUGGCCUCGACCUAAAACCCUCUUUAUCAGCCGCUGAUGCCGAGGUGCUGAGCAGGCUAGUCAUGAGUUGCAAAAAGCUGGAUAUGCUAUAUUACCCUAACAUGCUUGCCCGAUACUGCCAAAAUGACCUCCCUGCCUACAUCUGGGUAGGCAUUGAGGAAAUCAAACGAUUCAAUAUCACUUUAUAUAAAGUUUGCACGGCAUAUAGUGGGAAAGAUGCUAGCAGGGACGCCCCCGACACGACCGCGGUAUCAAUGAGGAGACUUCGGGCGCAGGAUUUACAAUUUCCUUUACCAAAGAACAGUCUAUUGUGGAAUGCUAUAAGCAAGGCGGAAUGGGUAUCUAUAGCGACAAAGGAUGUGUACCACCACAACCUGAACAAUAAUUUGGAAAACGAAUGGAUAUCUAAGUCAGCACAUAUCUUGGAGGCGCUGGAUACAGCUUAA